CACACGUGACAACUGAAACCGAGCAGCUGUUUACAUGAGAAAAGGAAGUAUCCAAAGAGCUUCGACAGCAGAUUUAUUCUUCUUUUGAAACUAAAAUGUCCUCUUAGCUCACAGUUAGACCUUUAAUCCGGUUUCUCCGGUCCCGGUUCACCUCGCGAAGAUGUUGGAAGCGGAUCAGCGGCUGCAGGCUGGAUCCACGGAGGUAGCUGUGAUCCCGGAAAAUCAGCACUGUGGUGAUGUAGCGGACGUACGGAAAGCCGAGCUUGCUCCUGGAGGCUCCCUGCUCGGAUGUCUGGGGGUCCGGGGGCAGCUGGUGGUGUGGGACCCGGCGGACAGAGAGGCUUCUCCGGCUGCAGUGGAGGGCAGCUACCGAGAUUUUUCGUGGGAGGAGGUGUCCGUCCACUCUCGGGGAGUCGGCGGCUUCAGGCUGCUGGCUGUGGGAUCUCAGGGUGACCUGAAGCUGCUGGAGGUCAGGGCUGAGCGGUCGGCCUUCACCUCCGUUCUCUGUGUGUGUGAGUAUCCUGCAGACCGCCUGCUGCAGACCAUCAGAGACCAGGACCCCAGUGUGAGCGAGCUGCAGGCGGUGCAGGUGUUGUCCUUUGUGACUGCCCGCUGCUGCGCUCUGCUGAACUCUGAUUGGCUGCUGCAGCUACAGUGGCAGCAGGAGGAGGAGGAGCCUCAGACGUUAUCCUGCUGCAGAGUCCAGCUGGCCGACAGCGUCUCGUGCUCUGCUGUCCAUCACUGCGUCUCCAUGGAAACCCUGUUUGCCCUCAGCUCCACUGGACUCAUAUCUGUGUGCAGCGUCUCUGAUGGCACUCUGCUGGCCAGCGUUAGCCUGCCCGCCUACCUGAGCUCCAGCCCGGCAGAGGACGAGCUCACCUCUUUCCCCUUCUCCUCCUCUGCCUCCUUCUGCCUCCUCCAGGUGUCGGCUGAUCUGAGCACAGCCGUGGCCGUCACUCAGUCCCACGCCGCCAUCGCCGUCGACCUCAACCACUACUUCAGGAUGUUUCCGGACCACCUGCUGUGCGCCGCCCCUCGGUCACGCCCCCCUCUUCAGCCGCAGCACCCCAGAGACCAGGACAGCCUGUCGAGCUCCAUCUUCAGCGUCUCGGCCCUGGGAGCGACCUUCAGCACCGACCGCUCCUGGGAGGCUCGUCUCAACUCCAUGUACAGCAGAGCAAAACAGGCCACUGCUCCUUCCUCCUCCUCCUGCUUCUCUUCAUCUCAGCCUCCCAGGACCUCCUCCUUGUUCUCCUCCCUCCCCCACCUGGACUCCCACCUGGCUCCAUCCUCGUCCUACAGCAGAGUGCCUCCGGGGGGGAUGACCGUCACUUUCGCCGUCCCCGAAUCGUCCGCUUCAUCUCAGCUCACCGUCUCUGAGUUCUCCGCUCUGCUGACCUUCGUCCGCCCGGGAAACCAACAGACCACAGUUGCAUUGUGGGAUAUGAAGUACGGGAACGUGAGAUACCACCAGGCGGCGGGCGAGGCAGCGCCGGUUCAGCGCUGUGGAGAGCGGCAGCAUCGGCUGCUGCUGAAGAAGGCCGGUGUGUUCCAGGUCCUGUUCUCCGUAUCGCAGCAGGACUUGCUCAGCCGGCUGAUGUUGUUCGGCAGCGCGGCGACAGUGGACGCAGUCUGCCACCUGAACAGCUGGGGGCGCUGCUCCAUCCCCAUCCACGCCCUGCAGACUGGACUGAAGAACCGUCAGCUGGACACGGUCGAUUUCUACCUGAAGAGCAAAGAAAACGUCCUGAACCCUCCGGCGGCAGCGUUCAGCUCUGCUGAUCAGCCCGCCGCCUCCACGCUGAGCCUCACAGACAGAGUGCAGGAGCUGUGUCCCGCCUUAGACCUGCUGUGUUCAGCCGUCAGAGACUCGAACAGCGAAGCUCAGAGCCGACAGUUCUCCGAGCAGCUGCUCAACAUCACCCUGAGCUUCGUGAACACGCAGAUCCGCUCCGUGCUGUCCAACACACACCACGAGGACUCGGGCGUGCAGAGCUGCAUGAACGUUCUGGAUCGGUACGUCGCCGAGCUGAGGAGCUACAUGAAGAGAUUCCCCUGGGCUGCAGGGCCCGAUGUGUCGGCUACCAGAGCUGCGGCUCCGGCCGAGGAGGAGGCUCAGCGGGACGAGUGGGAGCAGCUCUCAGCAGAGGAAGUGGUCCAUCAGUCCAUCCUGACCAAUCAGAUCCCAAGAGCUCAGGCAGUCCUGCGGAGGCAGAACCGGCCCGAACGUCGCCUGCCGGCUCUGAGGAGGGAGGGUCUGCGGCAAGUUUCCUCCUGCCUGCGGCGCCGAGACCUGCAGACCGCCAACACGCUCCUCGCCAACAUGGGUUUCAGUGUGAAGCAGCAGCUCCACCUUAUCUGCCUCCACACGGAUGACAAGGAGCUGAGGGAGCUGAUGGUGGAUGAGCUGUCCAGUCGGAGUUACUUCCCAGAGGAAGAGAAGGAGAGUGUUGAGUUCAUCGGGGAGAUGGAGAAGCUGGGGUCGCGGCCGGCUGUCCGCUGCACAGGAAGUACCUCGCAUCAAGGAAUCCAAAAACUUUCCGGGACUGUUCGGAUGGCUCGUAAGGAGGGAGGCGGUGAGGAGGUUCUGAAAGAGCUGGAGGUGCAGAGGAGGCCUCGGGAAGACGAGGAGGAGGAGCGGGGGGGUCUCUGGAGGACACUGAGACUGGACUGGGUGAAGAACUGGGACCAGAGCUGCCGGACAGCCGUCCUCCUGUCCAGACUGCAGCACGCAGAGCUCAGAGCCUGCGACGCUUCAGUGCUGUGGCGUUAUCUGACCGCCCUGCACGACCAGCGCCGCGUGGUCGACUGGAUCCAGAAUACGGAGACCUCUGGCACCCCCCGGUGGCCGGACUUAACCCCAGAACUGGUGAACGACAGCACGGCCUGCAGCAGCUACAUGAGGGAGAACAUCCUGGACCUGCUGGCCAGGAGAGGCGUGUUCAUCCCGGACGAGCUGGCACACCUGGAGCAGCUGCUGUGGAGGUUGGCUCAGGGUGGAGGCGUGAUGUCUUCUUCUCCUCCCAUCCCUCAGUACCGCUCCCCCCUCGGGCUCGACCUCCACGGCGUCUUUAUCACCUUCUGUCUGGAGCACAACCUUCAGUACCUGCUCUACACCUACCUGGAGCACUACAGACUGACCCCCAGAAACUGCUCCCUCCUGAGCAGUCAGAGCCUCUCUGAGCGGCAGCCCUGGUUCGAGAUGCUGGUGCGGAUCCAGGAGAUCACCAGAGAUCUGUCAGAUCCAGGACUGGUGUUCCAGGCCAGUCUAACCAGUGCUCAGGUGUUAUUACCUGGCAGCCAGGCGUCUCUCAGCAGUCUGCUGUUAGAGGGUCACAGUCUGCUGACGCUGGCCGCCAUCAUGUUCGCCCCCGGAGGAAUUGACCAGGUGAUGGCUCAGGGUCAAAGGUCGGGCAGGUCAGAGAGGACGGUCGACCCACAGCUGCUGAAGAUGGCGCUGGCCCCACAUCCCAAACUGAGGGCCGCCCUGUUCCCUGCCGUCCCCCGAGGAAACGGCCCGCCCUCCGACAUCUCCGUGUACCACCUGCUGCAGUCCCUCCACCCUCUGGACCCGUCCAGGCUGUUUGGCUGGCAGGCAGCAAACACCCUCAACUCCACAGAAACAUCAGAGCUGCCUCACUUCUCCAGCCCUCACCUGGUCCAAAGGUUCGCUCUAAAAGAGAAUCUGGACUAUCUCUACUUCCUCCACCACGGUCGGCCAUCUUUCGCCUACGCCACCUUCCUCGUCCAGCAGCUUAGCGGCAGCGGGGACGUCAGGCUAACGCUGCAGGAGGCCUCGCGGCGAGCGUCCAGGUCGGCCCUGCAGCGUUUCAAUGCGCCGUCUGUGGCGUCGGCCGCCGUUUGUUUCUGUGAACUGCUGGGAGUCUGCAGCCUCAAGCUGAGGGUCGACAUCAGAGCCAUGAACGCAAUCCUGCAGCACUGGAACCAACGCAACAGACACAGCAGCCCGACACAGCAUCUGCACACUCUGGUGUCUAAAGGUGUGAAACUGGUGGAGGCGGAGCCUGGAGCAGCAGAGGAGCUGAUUGGUUACCUGGAAGCUGCAGUAACAGACAGUUUGGAGCAGAGAGGCAUCAGCAGGUGAGGUCGCUGGCAGCUCAGUUUGGCCCCACCCUCCAGGCCCACCUGAGCUUGGCGUUUCAGGACCUGCAGGUUUACUGUAAGCGGAAGAGCUGCGACUCUGAUGAGCAGCAUUCGGUUCUGAGAACUGAGGAGGCGGUCUCAGGGAGCCCGGAGCGCCCUGGGGAGAUGUUCCAGGUGCUCCUGCAGAGCCAGGAGGAGCCGGCACCCUGCAGAUACCUCCUGCAGGAGGCGCUGGUGCAGCGCUGCCCGACGCUGGCGGUACUGGCUGCCUGCAUGCAGGGAGCAGAGCUGCUGCCGUGCCUUUGUGUGUGGGUGCUGACCUCUGUCGAUGAUGUCACCGCCAAGGAAGCCACCUCCCACCUGGCUCAGGCGCCGCAGCAUCACGAAUGGACCGUGCACGACCUUUCCAUCAUCUGGAAGACGCUCCUGGGCCGGAGCCUCGUGAGGCCCCUCCUGCGAGGCUUCGAGCUCUUCCAGAAGGACUGUCCUCUGGUGUUGGUGCUCAGGAUGUUUGAGCUGUGCUGCGACUACAGAAACUUCGCUGAGGCCAAGUCGAAGCUGCUGGACUUCCAACGGACCCUCAUCGCUCUGAGAAACGGUGGUCCUGCGCCCCCUGGUGGCCUCCCCCUGCAGUGGGUUGAGAGCCAGGCCUCGGUGCUGCUCCUCACGAUGCUGCAGCGCUGCUCCUCGCAGUACGACAUCCACCGGCUGCUGCAGCUCCUUGCCGACGUCGACAAACUCCUCAAAUCCAACGGUCCAGAUUUCAGGAAGCUGAACCAGCUGAGUCAGUUGCUUCAGGGGUCAGAGGUCAGCAUAUCUCCCAGGCUCCUGCAGAGCAGUUCUCCCUCCGUCCAGCAGGAGGAGUUCCAGGCGACCGUAGACGCUCUGCAAGCGAGGGGGUGCUACAGCCAGGCGCGACAGGUGGCCCAGCUGGCCGGCCUGCCCGUGCACCGUCUGCUGCUCAGCCAGCUCCUUCAGGAGGUGAGCUCUCAGAGGUCCAAGCGGCAGUGGGGCAGAUUCGAGACCCGCGCCGGCUUCUGGAAGAAAUGUCACGAGCAGCUGGAGGCCGAUGGCACCGAUCCAGACCCCGCCUCCCAGUUCUUCCUGUCGCAGGCUGAGGCUGGCGCUCCAGGGUCUCUGGAGGCUCCGGAGGACCUGCUGGACAUCCAGGAGCACUGCCUGCUGCUCGGGCUCGCCGCCCACUGGCUCUCCCGGAUCACCCCGGCUCCCGUGGACAAACUGGAGAGCCUGGAGAAAGAGCAGUGGCUCAGCCGGAUCCGCAAACGCAUCCUUACCGUCGCCAUGGAGAAGGAGAGCGUCUUUAACCUGCCGCCGCCGGCCGCCAACCCUGAAAUGAACACGCACAAGGCGCUGAUGAAGGAGUUCUCCUUCUCCAACAUAACUCAGCUGAACACCGAGGGGUACCUCGCGCUGGAGGGACUGCCCGGUCCCUCCGACGAGCAGGAGGAGCCUAAUGCUGAGUCGGCGCUGAGUCCAGAGGAGAGGAGCGUUCUGGCCGCUCUGAUUGGUCAGCUGUUAGACGACGGCAGCAUCCAUGAAGCCAGCCGGGUGUGUCGUUAUUUCUCCCUGUACCACCCGGACGUGUGGCUGGUGCUGCGCUGCCGAGGCCUGGCAUCCGGAGAGCUGAGCGACGAACCGCCGGAGGACGACUGUGAAGCUCCCGCGAGGGCAAGCAUCACGAGCUCUCCCUCAGUCAGCAGCCUGUCCUCCUUUGUGAUGCUCCCCCUCCCCGAAGAUGAGGUCGCCGUCCAGCUCCAGAAACUGGUGGAUCAGUGUCGCCAUGGCAACAACUACUGCAAACAAGUCCUCAGCCUCUACCAGCUCUCCAAGGAGCUGCAGUGCUCCUUCAGCAGCAUCUGCAGGGAGGAGCCCUGCUCGGUGCUGGAGAAGCUGCUGCUGUCCGAGCAGCCGGAGCGCUUCAGGAAGGCUCGGGCCUUCGUCAAAGCUCAGGGUCUGUCUGCAGACGCCGUGGCUGAGCUCAUUUCCUCCGCUAUGGUCCAGGCGCUGCUGGCCUCCACCCAGGAGCUGCAGCCAGUGGUGGAAAAGCACAUUUUCAGACUGUUGGAGGGCAGGGACGCGCUGGUGCAGCUGAUCAAACUAUGUGACGACCCGAACCUGGUGGGACUCAAACUGCUGGAGCACCUCAACUCUGUUCCUCUGAGGGACCUGAACUGCAUUGUAGAGCUGCUGAUCGUGGCGCACGACUGUUUCAGUCUCACCUGCAACAUGGAGGGGAUCGUGAGAGUGCUCCAAGCCGCCCGUCACCUCAGCCACACCUACCUGGCUCCAGGAGGGCACUACAGCCUGCUGGUCCGUCUGCUGACAGGUAUCGGCAGGUAUAACGAGAUGACGUACGUCUUCGAUCUGCUGCAUCAGAACCACUGCUUCGAGAUGCUGCUGAGGAAGAAGGUGGACACAGACAGAGGACAGAGCUCCAGUCUGAAGUCGGCUCUGCUGGACUACAUAAAGCGCUGCCUCCCCGCAGACAGCGAGAAGUACAACAUGGUGGCACUGUGCUUCACCAUGAGGAGGGAGAUCGGAGAAAACCACGAAAUAGCCGCCAGGACGCAGCUGAAGAUGAUCGAGUCUCAGGCCUGGGUCAUCACGCCGGAGCUGAAGAGCUCAUUGGUCAAAGUGCUGGGUCUGCUGAAGGACGCGGCAGAGAGCUUCUCCAAGGAUUCGUGUGUGCGUCAGGCGACUCGCUGCAUCCGCACAGCUAAGCUGGUCGCUCUUCAGCUCCACUUCCUGAAUCAGGGAUCAGACCUGCGCAUCAUCAACCUGCGACCUGCUGAGCUGCUGGGCGCCGCCAUGGCGCUGCCGCGGUGCUACCAGGUGUUCGUGGUGUCGGAGGCGUACGGCUACAGUCCGGACUGGGCGGAGAUUCUGUACCAGAAGGUCGUCCUGAACGGAGACUUCGGUUACCUGGAAGAGCUCAAACGCCACCGCCCGCUCACCUCCACCCUGUUUGAGGACAUUUUCAAAAAGCUGGACGGCGCUCCCGGCAGCGUCACCUCCAACGUCAAGCGCCUGCUGACUUACUGCGAUGACGUGUACAGCCGCUACAGGCUGGCGUACCAGCAGAACCUGCACGACAUCACCAAGAUGCUGCUGCAGGACGCCAAGACGUCGAGCUACCUGAGCGACAGGCUGGGCAGCUGAUCGUUGCCUGGCCGCAGCAUCGUCGUGAUCAAUAACCGCCAACGACAGGAAACACUGUGGAUGUACAGGAUGUGUUAGUAGAAAAAUGCCGUGUGUCCUUCUCACCUGAUGGAUGAUUUCUUUCUCACUGGGUGACCAGGAUUUUGUUUCCUGGCUCAUCGGUGGUUAAAUAAGCACAAAGUCUUUGUAGAAACACAUGAAUGUGAACAUUAAACAUGCUCUUUCAACUA